AUGCCUCGCCAAUUCUUCGUCGGUGGUAACUUCAAAAUGAACGGUGUUGCCCAGAGCAUCACUGACAUCGUGAAAAACCUGAAUGGCGCCAAGCUCGACGACACCACCGAGAUCGGUGUUGCUGCCCAAAACGUCUACGACAAGCCCAACGGUGCUUUCACCGGCGAGAUCAGCGUCGAGCAGCUCCGCGAUAACAAGAUUAACUGGGCUGUCAUCGGCCACAGCGAGCGCCGAGUGAUCCUGAAGGAGUCUGACGAGUUCAUUGCCCGCAAGACCAAGGCCGCCAUUGAGGGCGGUGUCUCUGUCAUCUUCUGCAUCGGAGAGACCCUUGAGGAGCGUGAGGGCAACCAGACCAUCGAGGUCGUCACCCGCCAACUUAACGCUGUCGCCAAGGAGCUGAGCGCAGAGCAGUGGGCCAAGGUCGUCAUUGCCUACGAACCUGUCUGGGCUAUUGGCACCGGAAAGGUCGCCACCACUGAGCAGGCUCAGGAGGUCCACGCCGCUAUCCGCAAGUGGCUCGGCGAGGCCAUCUCCGCCCAGGCUCAGGAGAACGUUCGCGUCAUCUACGGUGGCUCUGUCAGCGAGAAGAACUGCCGUGAGCUCGCUACUCAGCCCGAUGUUGACGGUUUCUUGGUUGGCGGUGCCAGCUUGAAGCCUGCCUUCGUCGACAUCAUCAACGCCCGCAUCUAA